AUUAUUUUCACAACCAGAGACAAUCUACAGGCCUAUAACAUGCCGGCGCUGUAAAGUGGGUAGGACAAGAAGGAUCCAGCUCCUCUCAAAAUGCACAUUCGUUUGCCAUCUGGACGACGCCUACACACGUACCUGAAAAUAGGCACCUUUGUCUUGGUGGGCGUCUUCUAUUUUGCCUUUCUGUUCCGGGAAUCGCUUAAUGCCUUUGAGCAUCGGGAACGUACCACGACCACGGGUUUCGAGGCAGCGGAAUACGCCGAACCGUCGAAGCUUAAGCUCAAGCAACUGCAACGCCAACGGGCUCUCCAACGUAUCCGACCAGGUGUGGCAAAUGGGAGCUCUACCAUAACGAAAGAGACAACGGCCGCCUCAACGAGUACAUUAAAUCCGGCCUACGAGUACUCGGAGGAACUGCAUAGCCGCACCGAGCGGGACUUAAAGCUGCGCCGCGAGCAUUUGGCGACCGUGUGCGGGCGGUACAAGCUGCAGGACAAGUAUCCGCCAAAUCCAUGGGAGUUCUUCAUCUCGCCCGGCCACAACAAUCUGGUGUGGUGCAAUGUCUUCAAGGCGGCCAGCAGCACCUGGUUGUACUACUUCAACAUACUGGCCGGCUACGAUCUGAAAUAUCUGCAGCGAACGGAAGUACAGCCGCUGGAGCUGGCCCGACAGCGUUUCCCCCGUCCGGGUCUGGCCGAGCUGCUGGAACUGUUGCCCAGCGCGUUGUCCUUUCUGUUUGUGCGCGAUCCCUUCGAGCGUAUUCUGAGCGCGUAUCGCAACAAGCUGGAGGGCAAUCGCAAUAGCUUCUACAAGGCGCUGGGCACCAAGGUCGUCCAUCGAUUUCGCCGCCGCAGCGCGAGCGGCGCCUAUCCUCGUUGCGGUCCCACCUUCGAGGAGUUUGUGCGCUUUCUCAUCCAGGAGCACGCGACGGGCAAUCGAUUUGACGAGCACUGGGCACCGGUGUACAGCUUCUGCACACCUUGCAGCGUCAAUUUCAGCAUUAUUGGCAAAACGGAAACAUUCCAGCGGGACUCGGAGUUCAUCAUAAGGCAGGCGGGUCUCGAGUCGCUGCUGCUGGGCAAGCUGCCGCGACGCAAGCUGCGCAAGAUUGCGAAUCAGGCGCGGAACGGCGUCAAGUCGGCGGAGCUGGUGGAGCGCUACUUUGCCGAUCUCGACCGGUCAACAUUGGACCAAUUGCUCAAGAUUUAUCGUAUUGACUUCGAACUGUUUGACUAUGACUAUCUAAAGUACUACAACAUGGUGCAUUCCUGGAGCAUGGAUCCAAGUACUACGACAACGACAGCCAGGCAUGAAAGAAGAAGACGAACUGGGACUGGCACUGGGACGGGGACUGAAACUCUUGGCACAACGCCGGCAUCCUCAUAUUUGAGAACUCUUACUGCUGGGCCCGACUGAAGCUAAAUAAAACAAUCUUAUUUGUGUGUACCUCUCUCACAUGCAUGGAAAGAUCACGAAAAGACAACUGAAACCCAACCGAAUCUACAAAAAUUUAACCUAAUCCACCAAAUGCGUAAGGCCAAAUCAAAGUUUUCCAAAAUCACGCCAACCAAAUGUCGAUAAAAUGACUUAUUUUUAUGCAUUUUUUGAGCAGUCAUUUUAAAUCCUAAACUUAAAUAUACUAUACAGCAGCUCUAGGGUCAGGCCCCUUUUUAGGCGCAAUGCUGGCUGUCUUCUUAGUUAGUACAAAAAAAAAAAAACAAACCAAACAAAAAAUUACAUGCAUAUUAUUUUCCUUGCACACCGAACCUUAGAAACGAACAAUUUUAAAUAUAAAAAAAAAACACAUAUAUAUAUACAUAAAUAUUUACAAUAAACAUAUUUACACCUUC